CCGCCGCCCCUCGGAAUCCUCCGGGGCCGCUGAGGAGUUCGCUACGGAGGGAGGCGGGGGCCUUCGGGAGGAGGAGGCGGAGGAGGCGGAGGAGGCGGAGGGAAGGAAGAUGGCGGCCGUGGAGCUCGAGUGGAUCCCAGAGACUCUCUAUAACACCGCCAUCUCCGCUGUGGUGGAUAACUACAUCCGCUCUCGCCGCGACAUCCGCUCCUUGCCGGAGAACAUCCAGUUCGACGUGUACUACAAGCUAUACCAACAGGGACGCUUGUGUCAACUGGGCAGUGAAUUUUGUGAAUUGGAAGUUUUUGGUAAAGUAUUGAGAGCUUUGGAUAAAAGGCAUUUGCUUCAUCAUUGUUUCCAGGCUUUGAUGGAUCAUGGUGUGAAAGUUGCUUCAGUCUUAGCCUAUUCAUUCAGUAGACGGUGCUCUUACAUAGCAGAAUCGGAUGCCACAGUAAAGGAGAAAGCCAUUCAGGUUGGCUUUGUCUUAGGUGGCUUUCUUUCAGAUGCAGGCUGGUACAGUGAUGCCGAGAAGGUUUUUCUGUCUUGCCUUCAGUUGUGUACUCUACAUGAUGAGAUGCCUCAUUGGUUUCGUGCAGUCGAGUGUUGCGUGAGAUUGCUUCAUGUGCGAAAUGGAAACUGCAAAUACCAUUUGGGUGAAGAAACGUUCAAGUUAGCUCAGACAUAUAUGGAUAAACUCUCAAAACAUGGCCAGCAAGCAAACAAAGCUGCACUCUAUGGAGAACUGUGUGCACUCCUAUUUGCAAAAAGUCACUAUGAUGAGGCUUACAGAUGGUGCAUUGAGGCAAUGAAGGAGAUCACAGCAGGCUUGCCAGUCAGAGUCGUGGUGGAUGUUUUGAGACAAGCUUCCAAGGCUUGUGUUGUAAAACGUGAAUUUAAGAAAGCAGAGCAGUUAAUUAAACAUGCAGUGUAUUUGGCACGGGAUCAUUUUGGAUCCAAACACCCAAAAUAUUCUGAUACACUGCUAGAUUAUGGGUUCUACUUACUCAAUGUAGAUAAUAUCUGUCAGUCUGUUGCAAUUUAUCAGGCCGCCCUUGACAUUCGGCAGUCAGUGUUUGGUGGCAAAAAUAUUCACGUAGCAACAGCUCAUGAAGACUUGGCUUAUUCUUCUUAUGUUCACCAGUAUAGCUCUGGGAAAUUUGACAAUGCACUGUUUCAUGCAGAAAGAGCUAUUGGUAUCAUUACCCACAUCCUACCUGAAGAUCAUCUUCUUUUGGCUUCUUCAAAGAGGGUGAAAGCACUUAUUUUAGAGGAGAUUGCUAUUGACUGUCAUAAUAAAGAAACUGAACAGAGGCUGCUUCAAGAAGCUCAUGAUUUGCACCUGUCUUCACUCCAACUAGCUAAAAAAGCUUUUGGAGAAUUUAAUGUACAGACUGCAAAACACUAUGGAAACCUUGGAAGACUUUAUCAGUCAAUGAGAAAAUUUAAGGAAGCUGAAGAAAUGCACAUCAAAGCAAUUCAGAUUAAAGAACAACUUCUUGGUCAAGAAGAUUAUGAAGUAGCCCUUUCAGUGGGACAUCUGGCUUCUUUAUAUAAUUAUGACAUGAAUCAGUAUGAAAAUGCUGAGAAACUUUAUUUGAGAUCUAUAGCAAUUGGGAAGAAACUUUUUGGUGAAGGCUACAGUGGACUGGAAUAUGAUUACCGAGGUCUCAUUAAACUUUACAACUCCAUUGGAAAUUAUGAGAAAGUGUUUGAGUAUCACAAUGUUCUGUCUAACUGGAACCGGUUACGAGAUCGGCAGUAUUCUGUGACCGAUGCUCUUGAGGACGUCAACACCAGCCCCCAGUCCACUGAAGAAGUGGUGCAGUCCUUCCUGAUUGCGCAGAAUGUUGAGGGACCGAGCUGCUGAGGGAAGACCUCAGUUCACUAACUUACCUUUUCCCAGAUUCCAGGGAAUUCAUACUGUGAAAUCAAAACCGUGUUUUUUGGGGGGCUGGAAUUUGCAUUGAAACACUGGUCCAGUCCUUUGACCCUAUUUGGGUGAUCCCUUUCUUGCAGAGUGUCCGUAGGAAUAAGCAUAUAUUCAGUUAUAUUCAGCAUGUACCGCAUGUAUAAGUAGUCUGGCCCAUAUUUUCAACCUCGUAGAACAAACAAGAGGAAUUUUUUUGUUUUCUUUUUUAAAAAAAAAGUAAUUCAUUUUGCAGAAAGCCUGAAAGAAAAAAAGAACCCCUAAAUAAAACUAUUUAAGAGUUUAAAAGAGUUGCAUUCUUAUUAUGUAAGGAUGAUUUUAACAACUUUUUAACAUAUAAUUCUUCCUUGAGGAGGUAUUCAAUACUGUACUGUAAAGAAAUUUUAUGGGGAAAACCUUUAUACACAGUCUAGAAAAGCUAACACAAGUGCUAAUAGCAGAGGGACACCCUGACUUAGGUCUGGUUACCUUACCUGGAGAGAUGGAUACAGCCACUCCAGGGCUGUGACAAGGGCGAAGGACUGGCAGAUUCAUCUGAACUGGACCAGUGUUGACCUGUAAGUAAUAGAAAUGCUGAUAAACCAGCAGUUUUAACUCUUUGGUUGUUUUGGUUUUGUUGUGUUUUUUGGGGGGUACAAAAAGGCAAGAUGCUCUGAUAGCUUUUGCUAACAGGACCAGGAGGAUCUGAAAAGGACCAGCCUAAUGUAGAGAGGGGUUAUUUGGACCAGAGGUUUUAGAUGAUUAUUUUAGCCCCUGCCUUUACUUUUAUUGUAGAAUGAUUUCAUUUAGAUGUAUUAUGAAAACUGAUAAUACAGAAAUUGUAUUCAUGUAAUAGACACCAAAUUAGGGAAAUUUGGCAAUUUCAGUGGCAUAUCUUUAGUCAAGGCACACAGAUGGCCAUGCCCUAAGCAAGUCUAUAAAUAUCUGCUGCAGCCAUCCUUCUCAUUUUAAAUGCUACCCUAGUAACGCAGUUUGCAAGUAUAUUGGCUGAGUCAUGAAAUAGCUCAUGUCCAGAUGGGAAUUUUAGGUUAAUGUUUGGUUUACGGGGAUUAAUGGUAAAACAAAUGCCGCCAAAUAAGCAAUUCUUAGAAAUCCUUCAUGUUUAUGAUAAAAAUAUUGCAAGCAAUAGAUCAUUUUAUAUGAAAUUCAAGAGUCAAAUGUAAAGAUUUCCCCUAAUAUAUCUAUUUCACUAACUUGUCUUUCUGUUUAUUGGGUUUUGAUUUUUCAUUUAAGCCAGUCAAGUUAUUUAAUGUUGAGGUAAUAUUCAAAUUUGAGAAGCUGUAACAUGUAGCAAUUCAAGAAACAAAAAAGGUCUGUUGCCGUUACCUCAGUUCUUAUUAUAGUGGCCUGUUUGGUGCCUCUAUAGUUAAGAAUCAGGGUUUUCCCCCCUAUUUUCAGGGGUUCAUGACUUGGCUGUUAAGAGUUGUUGCUCCUGGCUAAUGCUUGGAGUGGUUUGUGGGUGAGUGGAUGUGUGCUGAAUUUAGGUUUUCUUUUAACAGGCGUGUUGGGAUGGGAGGGGGAAAAAUCUAAACUGUCCACCACAUGGUGCAGAAAAAGUAAUUGGAAAUUUCGGAUCAGUUCGAUUUUAAACACUUUUUUGGCCUUCCCAAAUAUAAGCUUGUUUAAAGCUGUUAUUUGCCAUCUUGUUAGUUAUGAUCCCACUGUUUUUAAGUCCCCAGGAGGGGAUUUCCUAGGAGAGGUAGAAGAAGUGAAACAAGCCCAGUUUUCUUUAAGAUGAUAGCUGUGUGAUUUUGAACCCUGGAUUUAAUCCUCAUACUGAAUUAUUUUGAAUUGAAAAGAGCACAUUGGCACACCUGCACCUCCCCCUCCCAGUUAAUUGCAAUCUAAUGCCAAGAGGCACCUCUUUAUUAAUUACCAAAUAGUCUGUGUGACCAAGGACUAACAUUUUUAAGUUACUCAGCUCUAUCCUCAUGGGCCUAUAUAUUU